AUCCCAUGGGGGCUUAAGUGCCGGCCCGCGCUGUCCACCGUCUGAGCUGGCUCGCCUCCCUUCCGGGCUCAAGCCAGGUGAAAGAGGAAGGGGACAAGUGGGAGAGCAGAGAGGAAACGACGGGGAAUCAGCGCCGCUGCCGAGCCCCACCGAACGUCCCGGCUUCCCCAGUAACUGGUCUGCCCUCUUCCGCAGAUCUCCCAAGGGAAGAAAAAUGUCUGAGUUACAUAAAUGGUUCAUUGUAGUUACACUUGGGAAGCUGGAGUAGAUCUGAAGUAUGUCCUGGAAUAAUUGUGCUUGACUGGAACCAAAUUGUUGUGAAGGAUGAGAUUCUAUGCCAAAUCGAUGCUGCUGUCUCACUGGCUCUUUCUGGUCUGUGCGCUAAUGGUGUGCUGCAAAUUGUUGUCUGCCUCUAGCCACCAUCUCCGGGGACACCCAGGCCAGCACCAAGUCAAGCAAGGGACAUGUGAAGUGGUUGCAGUGCACCGAUGCUGCAAUAAGAAUAGAAUAGAGGAACGAUCUCAAACUGUGAAGUGUUCUUGCUUUCCUGGACAGGUUGCUGGUACGACAAGGGCUCAACCUUCUUGUGUUGAAGCCUCCAUUGUCAUUCAGAAAUGGUGGUGUCAUAUGAAUCCUUGUCUGGAUGGAGAGGACUGUAAAGUGCUACCAGACUAUUCUGGCUGGUCUUGCAGCAGUGGCAAUAAAGUAAAAACUACCAAGGUAACCCGAUAGCUCUGAACAAGCUGUACUUUGUCAUUGGGAUGAAAACGUGCGGCUGCCUCAUUUGGAUUAUAACAAAAACUGGUCUUUUUUUUUGAGAUUCUCAUGGACUUCAAGAGUUUGGCCCACUUAAGUGUGU